AUGUGGCAAUCGUCAGAAGAGAACAAAACCGAGGAGAAAACUCCUCGAGAGCAGCUCGCGGCGAAAGAACGCCGUCGUCUUCAGAAUCGGAUUGCUCAAAGGAAUCACCGUAAAAAGAAGGCCCAGCUGAACGGAAAUGAGGAGCAAAAAUUACGAGAGGGUCCCAAUGCACAUGCCGAUGUGCAGGUACAGCCGAGCAAUAAUAUCAAAUAUAACGAACACGCUUCGGACGAGGAUCCCGCGAAUGUGCAUGGAUCACUUGCCCUUUCGCAUGCCCCGCCGUUCGGUAAGGCCUGUCGCUCGUCAAACAUUCACGACCACUAUCGGCAUAUCCCCGCUGUAUGGCAAUCCGACAAUCAAAUCAUAAACCACUCCUCUCGCUCCUCUCAACAGCGCCGGCGCGCCAACGAGAUUUGCAGCACGAGCACCACCCUGGGGAAUUUGUGGAGGGACCAGGAUAUCCCCCAAAAUCCCAGUGGAGUCACAAGGCCCCAAUUCUCAGAAGAUGUAGGGAAUCUAAGUUGCCUGGUGACCAACAGUCCUGACCUUAGCGCGGCGUUCGAUGGGACGGAUUCUGAUAUCGGCAGCCCUGCCGCACAAUCUUAUUCUGCGGCGCUUGCUACAAUUGAACCUUGUCCACCUUUAUCAUCCGCACAAACAUCUGUCUCCGAGGAUGAUCUCGGCUUGAUCGGCGUUCCCCCAGGAUGGCCAGGGAAUAUAUUCGGCCCACCCAAAAGACUGCGCUCCUAUAGCGAGAACACAGGAAGGAUCGCUCAGAGCUCUCCUUUUCUCAUGCAUUUAGAGAGCCAUUCAGAGCCCGAAAAAUGUCAUGAUGACUCCGAGGGUAAAAUGGCGCUUCACCUAUCCGCAGAGAAUGGCCACGCCAAUAUUGUGCGAUGCCUCUUAGAAUUCGGGUCCGAUAUCAACAAGCGCGAUGGGUCUGGGGCUUCUGCGUUGCAUUACGCAGCUGGAACAGGGAAUGUGGAGGUUAUUUCAAUCUUGCUCGAGAAAGGCGCUGAUGGGAAUACCGUAGACCUUCAAGGACGCACUCCUCUGCACAUAGCGGCCGAAAGGGGCCACGAAGCUGCUGUUAGGAUUUUAAUUCAGUCAGGAGCCAGGGUAGAUAUUCAAAUCCAAAGGAAUCACGUUUCCAACAGAUAUAACACUUAA